CGCGAAGGACGCGUGCCACUCCCCCUGCGAAGCGGACAGCAGACGCGCAGCGAGCGGCUCAGUUCCAUUUGUUGGGUGUCCCGUUUGUGGUUGCUGGGUCUUCUUGAACGAAAUCGCCGUGUCAUGUCGUCUCCUCGGGUCGCAGUGGUAACAGGAAGCAACAAGGGCAUAGGGUUCUGCAUAGUGAAGUUCCUGUGUCAACAGUUUGACGGAGAUGUCUUCCUUACAGCCCGGGACGAGAAGCGUGGCAAAGAAGCCGUGGCAGAACUUAACAAGCAUCUGCUGCGUCCCAAGUUUCACCAGCUCGACAUCGACGACAUCGAAAGCAUCCGCAGAUUUCGCGACUUCCUCAAGAGUGAGUAUGGAGGCCUGGACGUGCUCGUGAACAACGCCGGCAUCGCUUACAAGCAAAAUUCUACAGCGCCGGUUGCAGAACAAGCAAAGGUUACCGUGAAUACCAAUUUCUUUGGGACUCUCAAUGUCUGCAAGGAGCUCUUUCCUUUGCUACGCCCACAUGCGAGGGUGGUUAAUGUGAGUAGCAUGUGCGGCAUGCUUCAGAGAAUUCCCGGAGAAGAACUCAAGAAGAAGCUAAGCAACCCUGAUAUUACUGUGGACCAGCUCUGCGACCUCAUGAAUGACUACGUGCAGGCCGCCAAGGAUGGAACGAAUGUCGAGAAAGGAUGGGGGCAGUCUUCCUACAACGUGUCCAAGGUCGGAGUCACUGUGCUGACCUUCAUCCAGCAGCGUGAUUUCAACGCGGACCCCCGUGAGGACCUAGUUGUGAAUGCCGUGCAUCCAGGGUACGUGAACACUGACAUGUCGAGUCACAAGGGGCCCUUAACACCUGAACAAGGUGCCGAUGCCGCAACCUACUUGGCUCUCCUGCCUCCGAACAUCGAGUCACCCAAAGGAGAGUUUGUCUGGCACGAUCGCGCAAUUACUCCGUGGGACAAGUAAACCGAAAAGCCGUCGGAGCACUGCUAUGUCCAUGGGCACUGCCCCGUUUUUUUCAUUUGUAUAACUGCGCGAUUUCUGCAUUCUCACGCCUGUUUCCAACUCUUCUGAAAAAGAAGGCAAAUAUAGCAAGUGCAUGCACAUAUUAUUGAUACGGGCAACAAAGGUAAAUACCGACGUGUAAUAAUUCAUAGGAAAUAAAAUUUUAUUUGAGCCUUGUGUUGUUGAUGCUACACAGCCAAAGUUGUAGGCUUCAUUUAAUGAAGGAGAGAGUCGCGACGUUUACGUUAGCUGUGUCAUUACUAUCUUCCAAGGAAACUAAGAUGAUUGCAUUUUUCUAUAUAAGGUCGUCACGUUACAUCGUAGUCUAGAUUAAAUGCGUGCCGAAAUGAAGCUGCACGGCGCAGUUUGACGUAUUGGACAAAAAAUGAAGCCGAUUUACAGGA